AUUUCAUCGCGCCGGCUCUACUACGAAACCUGCAGCUAUCCUGGAGUAAGUGUACCUUGCCAAGCCGGCUUUCGAGCUCGCGAUGCUCUUGUUCAACAACGUGACUGCCUUGCUGGCGCGGAUACUCGGCACAAAUGAUUGGGUGAAUGGGGUUGGCGAGGUCGUACCACCGCAACGUGAGUUCUUCUACGUUGGUGGGGAGUAUCAGAACCUGUCAAUAGGAAACACGACCGCGCAAUACAUGGUCAGCCAGAUCUAUGUCGAGAAGCUCACCCCGGCAAAGCCAACCCAAGCCUUUCCCCUGGUGUUUAUGCACGGGACUGGCCAGACUGCAACAACGUUUCUCGACACACCAGAUGGUCGGCAAGGUUGGGCUUCGUUCUUCUUAUCGCACGGCUAUACUGUCUACUUGAGCGAUCAGCCAUCGCGCGGUCGUUCUCCAUGGCUGCCGACUAUAGGUACGAUGAAGAGCUCCAGCACGGCCCUGAUCGAGCAACUGUUCACUUCAACGUCAUCGCAUAACCUCUGGCCGCAGUCAGGGUUGCACACCCAAUGGCCCGGGACCGGCGAGGCAGGCGAUCCGAUCUUUGACGCCUUCUAUGCAUCCCAAAUUCAAUAUCAGGCUGACAACCUAAUAUCUGAAGCCGAGAACGCCAAAGCAUACACGGCUCUUCUCGAUAAGAUCGGCGGUCAGGCGCACAUUAUCGCGCACAGUCAAGCCGGUGCGUAUGGAUGGCGGGUCGGAGACCUUCGCCCUCAUCUAGUUAAAAGCAUUGUAGCGCUCGAACCCGCGGGCCCACCUUUCAUCGGAAGGAUCUUCGGAUCGGGUCCUGCGCGACCUUUCGGCAUCACAGAGCUUGAAGUCACUUACGAGCCGUUGGCAGGGCCAAAUGCGACGUACAUCCAAACUGUUGUUAUCCCUGCAAAAGAUGUCAAUUCGAGUGAAUGUAUCAUGCAAGAUGAGCCAGCGAAGCAGCUGGUAAAUUUGGCGCAGAUACCGGUGCUGACGGUGACAUCGGAAGCGAGUUACCAUGCGGUGUACGAUCAUUGCACUGUGGAGUACAUGCGACAGGCGGGUGUGGAGGUAGAUCAUCUGGAGCUGGGCAAAGACGAUGUCCAUGGCAAUGGACACAUGUUCUUCAUGGAGAGGAACAGUUUAGAUAUCGCUGAGAGGGUUUUGGCGUGGUUGCAAAGGCAUUGAACUGCCCGAAUUAUGAAGGAGAGUGGAGGUAUUCAGUAAGCUCUACAUUAAGAUAUGCGAACCUAGAACACAUUAAAUACCUCCAGGGUAGGUUUUGGUGUUUGGAAUAUGUUUCGCGUGAGGGAAGCCUUGAGAGGAAAAGGGUGCGGUGGCACGGGUGGCUAGGAGAUGAUCGGCCAGAUGACAGCUAGCGCGUCCCAGAACAGACUCGCAGCCCCUUCCGCCCAUCCAGAUGCCGCACCUUCUCAUCUCCUCAACAUACAUAUCACACGACGACCCCAGUCGUACAACACGUUUCCCUCCUUUCUGUCCGCGUUCAAUCUCUCCCAUAUUUCGCCUCAUCAUACCAGCACGGUAACG